AUGGAGCUCGACACGAGCAGAAGAUAUGAAAACAAGGCUGGAAGUUUCAUUACUGGAAUAGAUGUAACAUCCAAGGAAGCAAUUGAGAAGAAGGAGCAAAGAGCCAAACGCUUCCAUUUUCGAGCUGAAGUGAAUCUUGCCCAAAGGAAUGUGGCUCUGGAUCGGGACAUGAUGAAGAAAGCAAUUCCUAAAGUGAGACUGGACACAAUUUACAUUUGUGGGGUAGAUGAGAUGAGUACACAGGACAUCUUUGCCUAUUUCAAAGAAUAUCCUCCUGCUCAUAUUGAGUGGUUAGACGAUACAUCAUGUAACGUGGUCUGGCUUGAUGAAGUAACAGCAACACGGGCUCUAAUAAAUAUGAGUUCCUUGCCUGAUCAGGAGAAAACAAAAAGCAGAGAAAACAAUGAAGAGAAGACAGCUGAAAAACCCAAGAAAGAAAAACAGGAGGAAAGUUCUGACGAUGAGACGGAAGAAGGCGAGGUUGAGGAUGACAACCCAAGUGAUGUUGAGUUGGAUGCCCUCUCCCAGGUAGAAGAGGAUUCUCUCCUGCGUAAUGAUCUUCGCCCUGCCAAUAAACUGGCUAAAGGAAACAAGCUAUUCAUGAGAUUUGCUACUAAAGAUGACAAGAAGGAGCUGGGAGCUGCAAGGCGAAGCCAGUAUUACAUGAAGUAUGGCAACCCCAAUUAUGGAGGCAUGAAGGGGAUUCUUAGCAAUUCUUGGAAGCGAAGAUACCAUUCCCGUCGAAUCCAUCGGGAUGUGAUAAAGAAAAGGACACUUAUUGGGGAUGAUGUUGGCUUGACUCCUCCUUACAAACAUCGUCACUCAGGUUUAGUCAAUGUUCCUGAGGAGCCCAUUGAGGAGGAAGAAGAGGAGGAGGAAGAUCAGGAUAUGGAUGAAGAUGACAGGGUUGUGGUGGAGUACCGGGAUGAGCUGCAGGCUUUCAAGCAGUCCCGAGAGCGCAGCGCCGCCAGGAGGUCGAGUGCCAGUGCCUCUGAUUCUGAUGAGAUGGACUAUGAUCUGGAGCUGAAAAUGAUAUCGACUCCCUCUCCCAAAAAGAGCAUGAAAAUGACCAUGUAUGCAGAUGAGGUGGAGUCACAGCUGAAGAAUAUUAGGAACUCCAUGCGAGCAGACAGCAUAGCAACCAGUAACAUCAAAAAUCGGAUUGGGAAUAAAGGGUCAUCAGAGAAAGUUGCAGAUGUGAGGCUGCUGUUGGAAGAGAAACGGCAGAAUAAUACUGGGCCACGUCAGCCAAACAGCACUGUGAAGUCAGAUGUGAGACAAAGGCUGGGAAAAAGACCACACUCUCCAGAAAUCAAACCUCCAAGUAGCACCUCUGCUCCCCGUCGAGAACCAAUAUCAGACGUACACAGCCGGCUAGGGAUCCCCAAACAAGAUGUGAAAGGCCUCUACUCUGACACCAGAGAGAAGAAAUCAGGAAAUUUAUGGACCCGAUUAGGGUCUGCUCCGAAGACACAAGAAAAGACUCCGGAUAAACCUGAAAACUCUGUGGCAUCUCCAGAGGAGGAUGAUUCAGAGCUCCAGAGGGUCUGGGGUGCUCUCAUCAAGGAGAAGGAACAGUCUCGGCAGAAGAAGAGCCGGUUGGAUCAUUUGCCGUCCCUGCAGAUCGAGAUCAGCCGAGAGAGCAGCUCCGGCUCCGACACGGAGUCAUGA